GCUCGGAGCCCCGCCAGUCCGGGACCCCCCGAGUACGAAGUUGAACGACUGGUGUUAUUGCGGUGAAGGCGGGAGGAUGAGAAGCAGAACUUUUGAUAGAGGAGUUGCUAGCUUUGUGUCCACCGGCUGAACAACAGCAGCGAUAAACCCAGGCAUCACAACAACAUCUGAGUUAGUAAACAUAACCUCAGCAGGGUUUCCUGAAUAACGUCGGGUGAACUGUUAGUUCCGCUUCAGCUUACUCGGGGAGCAGUCUGUUUAAGUUGCUAAGCUAACAUUAGUUUCUGUUGUUCUGUUUAACGUCCCUAUCUUUACCUAGCUGACUUUGACUGAGUCAGUGGGAUGGCUACAAGAAAACAAAAGGAGAAUGAUGCCAGCCUUCCUUUCGCUGCACUUCAGCUCCUGGCCCCGCCUGUGCGUCUGGUGUCUGCAGCCCUCUGGAAAGUGAUGAAGCAGAGGGAUGUGAUGCAGUACGGGGUUGUGGAGGACUUUGUGACAUCAGCCUGUGAGAUUGUCCCCGGGCUGCUCACCGUGAGACACCAGGGCAAGCUGGCACUGGGGCUGAGAGGGCGGUUAAUCUUGGAGCUGUGCUGUACACAGCCGGAUGAAAAGGUGAUUUUGCCACACUUGAAAAGGAUCCGUGCUCCUGCUGCCCCGUCCCCCUCCUCUGCUCCUGCUGUGAGGGAUGUAAAAAUUAUGCGAACUGUGGAAAGUUUCCAUUUAUUGGUUCAUGCACUGCUAACAGACCCAGCAGAGAGAGAGCAGUUCUUCAAGGAGGAGUUUCCUCUGGAUUAUGGUCCAAAGUUUGACCAGGAACUGGAGAAGCUGCUGUGGGAGUUUUUGAUUCGACUGGACCAGUUGCUUCCAGUUCCCAGCCUAGCUCAGACUGUUUCGUGGCUCAGUGAAGCCCCCCCUGUCCUGGAGGAGUGUGUGCGGGCAGCCACCCAACCGCAGCUCCUGAAGCUGUUGCUUCAGCAUCAAACCUGUCUGGGUCAUCUGGAGACUGCAGCAUCCCUCCCUCCAAACAUGGGAGACUCCAUCCUGGCUUCCCUUUCUCUUCCACCCUCUGGAAGAGUACCGUCAGAUGAGCCAGCAGGAGCCAAAAGUGCUGCUGUGGACCCGUCCGACAGCACACAGACAAGAGCUAAAACGCCAUUUAUUACACCUGUUAUCAGACUAAUAUCUAAUGAAGACGUACCAAUUAUGAUCUCUGCCAAUAAAAGGACACUGAGAGGGGACAAUGCAACAAAUAAGCACUUGGACCCAAAAGAGAAGUUAACUUUCACUGUGGUUAAACAGAGACAAAACCCCAAAGAUGAUUUAGUGAAAGAGCUUGGAGAGCAAGUGGAGGUGGAGAGGAACGCCUCAAAAAGGAGCAGUGGAGUAAAACGCAAGCAAGCGGACAUGAGAGAAAGUGAAUCCGAUGAGGGGGAAGAAGUGUUAGUCAUGACCUCGUCCAGGAAAAAUAGGGUAAGCAGGAGUUUGAGAAGUGGAGCGAGCGGGCUCAGGGAGGGGAGAGGCGACCAGAGGACAAAUGAGAGCGAAGAAGACGAGGAGUGCAACAGAGCAGCCGUGGCAAACCGUAUGAACCAGCUGGGGGUCAAAACGCUGCGCCUGCCUGAAGAUCCAUUCCUCCGCUCCAUUUUUGUCUCUUGUCUGAUCACCCAACCCAGAGUUAUUGUUGAAAAUCUGUCACUGACCUAUCCUAGCGCAAACAGGACUGAUAGGGGAGGACAGUCCUUACAUAAACAUAGACGGAGUCAGAGGAGGAAGUCGCCAGUCAAAGCUCCAACACAUGCUAGCAACCAACCUCAAAAGCCUGACUUGGAUUUUCCUGGCCUGGAUGAUAAAGAAAAUCAUCCUGUAUUACCGGGUAUAAGCAGCUCUCCUUCUCAGCAGCGGAGUAACACAGAGACGCCGGCCCUUCCAGGAGAUGGUGAAGACUACGUUGCUGAUUCUGAGGAUGAGGCGACAAAGAACUUCAAAGGCAGGCUGUUUAUGAAGCGCUACUACAAGACCAAGCACGGCACUUAUAUUCCUACUCUGAGGGAGUACUGGAGACCCGGGCUGACACGGAGGGACUUUUUGUCUGCUGGCAGCAAACACAGAUGAUGAAAUGGAUUUUCACUGCCAAGUCUGGUGUUGUGAAACUUAACGCCAGAGAAUGGCGGAGGACUUUGACUGUGGCCAAUGUUUUUUCCCCACCAGUUAAUUACAGAAAAACCUACUAUGUUUUAAUAUGCACCAGUCUCUGUGGCUGACUUCUCUUCAUUUAUGAUUUCAUUGUAGCUGAAUUAGAUUGAUUUUAACUUGGUUUAUCAUCAUGGAAAACAAUCGCUGAAAUGGCACUGAUUAUGGCCACUGUCAUGCAAAUUAUUUUAAACU